GCCAUGGCGGGGCGAUGAGGGAGCAUCCGCCCCCGGCCGCUGGCUGCCUGCGGAGGCGGGAAGCGACGGGGCUGGGCGGCUCCGCCGCGGUAGAGCCGGGCGGCGGGGCGGGGGCAUGUGGGGCGCGGGGACCGCGGCGCUGCAGCUGCUUUCCCGGGCCGUGAAGCAGGCGGCGGCGCAGGGGGCCCGGCAGGACCUGGGCCGCUGGCUGUCCCGAGCCGCUGGGACGGCGGCAGGAGGUGGCGGCGGGGGUACUGUCGGCUUCGUCCCAGCAGAGGCAGCGGGGGCUGAGGGGCUGCUGCUCCGGCCAUACGUGGAGCAGGGCGGGCUGCCGCCGGCGGAGCUGCUGCUCUGCCAGCUGCCCGAGGAGGGCGGCGGCGGGUCCGGGCUGGCCGAGGCCCGGGGCUGGCGCUGCUCCUGCUGCCUCCUGGGCACCUGCUGGUGCAAGAGCUGCCUCAGCGUGUGCGUUCUGGCAGCCCUCUGCUUCGCCUCGCUGGCCCUGGUGCGCCAGUACCUGCGAGACCUGGUGCUCUGGGCCGAGAGCCUGGACAGCCUGGCAGGUGUGCUGCUCUUCACCGUGGGCUUCAUCAUCGUGUCCUUCCCCUGCGGCUGGGGCUACAUCCUUCUCAACGUGGCCGCCAGCUACCUCUAUGGCUUCUGGCUGGGGAUGGGGCUGAUGGUGCUCGGCGUCCUUGUGGGCACUUUUGUCGCCCAUGUGGCCUGCAAGCGGCUGUUGGCCCACUGGGCGAGGGCCAGGAUCCAGGGCAGCGAGACUCUCAGUGCCAUCGUCCGCGUCGUGGAGGGCGGCAGUGGCCUCAAGGUGGUGGCUCUGGCACGGCUGACCCCGAUCCCCUUUGGGCUGCAGAAUGCUGUCUUCGCGAUUACAGAUUUGUCACUACCCAACUACCUGAUGGCUUCCUCAGUUGGACUGCUUCCUACUCAGCUCCUGAACUCAUACUUGGGCACUACCUUGCGCACCAUGGAGGAUGUGAUUGCAGAACAAAGUGUUAGUGGCUAUUUUAUAUUCAGUUUACAGAUUAUCAUAAGCAUAGGACUCAUGUUUUAUGUCGUUCACCGAGCUCAAGUGGAACUGAAUGCAGCUAUUGUAGCGUGUGAAAUAGAAAUGAAGACCUCUCUUGCUAAAGACAGUCAACCAAGCAUCAGUGGUUCAACCACAUACUGCAACAAAAGGACAGUAGCAUUCUCUGGAGGAGGUGUCAAUAUUGUGUGAUUUCAAGUAUUAAUAGAGUAAGGUUUUGUGUACCUAAGCUAUUGCCUAGAAAUACCUAUGGACAAUUCAACUAGUUUAAAAAAACCAACAAAACAGAAGAAUUUACCAGUGGUUACAGGUUGUACUGUGGCACAAACCAACCGACCAGCUCUUCAGUUGCACAUGGGGUGACUUCUAGCAAGGAAAGAAAGAUGGUGAAGUAACUUAAGAUGUAAAUGCAAAUUUGGCUGCACCUUUGGUCAUUUACUAUGCCUGUCAUGGCCUGUAGUCUGCACUUUAGGGUUUUUUUUCCUUUGCUCCUGUAAACUGAAAAAUGCUUCUAUAAACUGAGAAAAGUAGCACAGAGGAUGCAAUCUAUUAUAAAUUUCAUCAGCAUGAAGAAAUGAAAACUAGAGGUUCUCCUUGGAAAAAUAAAUAAUCCAGUAAUGGAGGAGGACAGUAGUGUCUCUGAGACUCAGGAAUUCUGACUCCUUUUUUGCAAGAUAACACUGUAUUGGAUAAUGCUUCUUUUAUGUGUGCUGUGGACUGUUUUUCACUGAGUUUGAGUAGACUGGUUAAGCCGAUAGUAAUUUUUGUGUGUGUGU